CGUCUCCCUGCUGGGGUCUUGGCGGGCCCAAGUUCACACCCAGAGGCGGCAUCCGCAUUCCUAAAACUCUCGGGGACAUCAAAAUGUCGGAAUGGACCUCAGCGUCCACCUGGGCCUGGCCACCAUGGACCUCAGAGUUCAGAACGUUAACCACACUCAUCUUACUUUUUCGUUACUGUGAUCUCAGCUUAAGGAAAAAACAAAAACAAAAACAAAAACGGUGGGAUAUCAUGGCAUCUAUCUGGGUUGGAUCUCGAGGAACCAUAAGAGAUUACCCUGGCUUUAGCCCAUCUGUGGAUGCUGAAGCCAUUCGCAAGGCCAUCAGAGGAAUUGGAACCGACGAGAAAACACUCAUUCGCAUUCUCACUGAGAGAUCUAAUGCACAGCGACAGCUGAUCGUCAGGGAAUAUCAAGCAGCUUAUGAACAGGAGCUGAAAGAUGACUUGAAGGGGGAUCUCUCUGGCAACCUGAAACACAUCAUGGUGGCUCUCGUGACCCCGCCAGCCGUGUUUGAUGCAAAGCAGCUGAAGAAGUCUAUGAAGGGGACUGGAACUGAUGAAGAUGCCUUGAUUGAGAUCUUAACUACCAGGACAAGCAGGCAAAUGAAGGAGAUCUCUCAGGCCUAUUAUACAGUGUAUAAGAAGAGUCUUGGAGAUGACAUUAGUUCUGAAACAUCUGGUGACUUCCGGAAAGCUCUGUUGACUUUGGCUGAUGGUAGAAGAGAUGAAAGUCUGAAAGUGGAUGAACAUCUGGCCAAAAAAGAUGCCCAGAUUCUCUACAAUGCUGGCGAGAACAAAUGGGGCACGGAUGAAGAUAAAUUUACUGAGGUCCUGUGCUUAAGGAGCUUUCCUCAACUAAAACUAACAUUUGAUGAAUAUAGAAAUAUUUGCCAGAAGGACAUUGAGGACAGCAUUAAAGGAGAAUUGUCUGGGCAUUUUGAAGAUCUACUUUUGGCCAUAGUUCAUUGUACAAAGAAUACACCUGCCUUUUUAGCUGGAAGACUGCAUCGGGCUUUGAAGGGUGCUGGAACUGAUGAGUUUACUCUGAACCGAAUAAUGGUUUCCAGAUCAGAGAUUGACUUGUUGGACAUUCGACAUGAGUUCAAGAAGCACUGCAGCUAUUCUCUAUAUUCAGCAAUUAAAUCAGAUACUUCUGGGGACUAUGAAACCACACUGUUGAAGAUCUGUGGAGAAGAUGACUGAAUGAAGAGACAGUCUCCGGAGGAUGGCAGGCAACUGCUCUGCCUCUGUCUUUCUUUAAAAGUUCAAAUAAGCAUAAAACUGCUCUGCUUAACAGAAGCUUUAGGCUCUAGUGCAAUAGAAAGUGAUUAUUUUAGAGCAUUUCAUUCAUAAAGUAGCAGUUUGCAAGUGAAACUUAAAAUGACAUGCUAAUUCUAUUCAAAUUAUAUUUGUGCUUAGAAUGUCAAAAUAUGAGUAAUUUUAAACUAUUACAUAUAAGCCAGGUAAUAAAAAUCUUUGCAUUUGUUCAA